AUGGGAAAUUGCUAUCACUCUAGAAAGAAUACUAUAAUUUUAGCAUUUGAUUAAGCAGAAUAUAUACAAUUGAAUUAAUAAUUUCAAUAUUAUUGUGAAUUAAGUAGUGAGUAACUAAUACUAUUAAUAUUAUUAUUAGUACUCGUGAUAUCAAAGCACUUAAUUAACGAUCCUUUGAAGAUAUAUUUUUAGAAAAUCCUACAUUUGGUAUCAAGUUAUUUAAGUUCCUUGAAUUGUAUUCUGGGAGUGAUGGUAUUAUAAAGAAAGAACCUUUGUUUGAAUUCUGUAAUAAUAAUCAUUAUCAUAAAAUAUUAGUGGAGCUACUAGUCAAAGAUGUAUAAACAUCGGUUCCAACAUUUAAAAAUCUAGAAAGAUUUGAAUUAAUGUCCUUGAUUACUUUGCAGAAUUAUAGAUAUGUGAAAUCUAAAGAAGAGUUAGCUUAAUUGUAAUUAACAUAUCUAGAUACUCUAUGUGUUAUUAAAGUAUUCAAAUCUAUUUUAUCUCUUUUAGGAUAUUAUUAAAAUGUAUUAACAUAAUCAAAAAAAUGCUACAACUAAUGAGAAAUAUAUUAAAACUUUAAUAGAUUAACUAUACAGUAUUAAAUAUAUUUUAUAAUUAGAAAAUGAAUUUGGUACAUUGUCUUGGAUUUAACUCAUGGAUUUCAUCUAAAGAUAAAUGCCAUAAGCAAGUUUCUUUAUAAAAAAGUAUUUUUAAGCUAAAUUUAUGGGUAAACAAUUUAAUGUAAUAUAUAUCAUUAUUUUAAGAACAUUAUUCCAGUAAUCAAUACUCCAUCAUAUUUUAUAACUGAUGAAUUAUUUUUCUAAUUAUUAUUGAGUACAUAAGCAGUACUCACUGAUUGUAAUUAAUUAAGUCUAUUGUAUUCAAGUGUUGCACAUUAAGGUGGAUUUAAUCAAAUGAUUUAAUCCCUUAAAGGUAUUUCUUAAUAAGAAUUUAGAUUGUAAACUACCUACUCUUAUGUUUUUUUAACAUGAGGAAAAUUAUGAAUAGAAAACUAAAUAAUAAAUAUUUGGAGCUCUCACUAAUCUUAGAUGGUAUGAUACUAAAUAAUAUUUUGGAACAAAAAAGGAUUGCAUUUUUAGUCUCUAUCCAUAUUUUAAGAUUUAUAGAUCCAAAAAGAGAGGAGAAUAAAAUUAUUGUUUUCUUGACUCUAAUAAAGGAUUUGGAUUUGGUGGUAAAAAUGGGGAAGGAUGUAGAAUUUGGAUAGAUAAAAAUUUGCAAAAUUCAUAUUGCACUUAAAUUGAUGAUUCCUAUGAAAAUGGUCCUUUAAUUCUAUCUUAUGUUAAGAAAUUGUAAAUCAAUAUUAUAGAAAUAUGGGCCAUUUAACAUCCUACAGAUGAAAAUGAUGAAAAUUUUGAUAUUAAAAUAGAUUUAAAAGAUCCACUUUUGUAAAAACAAGAUGAUAUUUAAUUUCCUAAUUAAAAUCCUGAUUUCUAUUGGAUUUAACAAUCUAAAACAGAGGAACGAAAUUCAGGUUAUUAUUGGGAAAACAAUAAUGUAGGUUGA